AUGUCAAAAGGAACUACCAAGCGAGAUCGAAAAGAAAAGUUUAAAAUUCGCGUGGAAUUUCCUGAUUAUACAGGCGAACAAGUCGAAGCAGCAACAGAUAACACUUAUAUGUUGCCUGAUGUCGGUGAAGAAGCAACAAUUAAUUAUGAUGGUAAAGUAGUAACUAUUAAUGUAAAUAUGUUAAAUGACAUACGUAAACUUGGCUUUGGAAAUUAUGGUAGUGUUAUGUUAGCUGAAGUCAAAGAUCAUCCAGAAAUAAAAAUGGCUGUUAAACGGUUAGGUUUGAUACCAAGCACCAAUAAUUUAGCUGAUUAUACAGCUACAACAGAUCUGAAAACAAUUCGUGCAGUAGGUUCAUGUAAUUUUCCACAUGUCAUCAGAUUCUAUGCUGGACUUAUUGAUAAAAGAGAAAGUCAAGUAGUGAUAUGUAUGGAAGCAUGUGAAACAUCAAUGGAAAAAUUUUAUACAACGAUGCAUAAAAUAAAAGAAACAAAACAUCUUGACAUAUUACUGAAACGCAUGAUAAAUCAUAUUGUUGAUGCAUUACAAUUUCUUAAAUCAAAAGGAAUACUUCAUCGAGAUGUUAAACCAUCGAAUAUUUUAGUUAAACAAAAUCCUGUUAUAUUUAAAAUUUGUGAUUUUGGUAUAUCAGGCCAAUUAACUAAUUCAGUUGCACAUACAAUGAUGAAAGGAACACAAGUUUAUUUAGCUCCGGAACGGAUUGAUGCAGCCCAAGCACCUGAAGGUUAUGGUAUACGAUCUGAUAUGUGGGCAUUAGGUCUUUCAACAUUGGAAAUAACUACUGGUCAACAUCCAUUCGCUAAAAUGAAUGCAAUAGGUAUAAUGAGUGCAAUUAUGACAUGGAUACCAGAGCCACCAACAAUUUUAUCAACAGAAUUACAGCAGCUCAUCAUUUGCUUAUUGAGAAUAAAACAAGCAGAGCGACCGGCAACCUAUGAUGAGAUUCAAGCAUCACCAGCGAUGAAGUCAUUACCUGUAGACAUAACAAAUGGAGAAAGUGAAAUGGUCAAAAAUGUUCUGGCAAAUAUUCCCGUUAUACCUGAGGAUUAUUAA